GUUCCUAAAGGCCCACUAAUAUCAGUUGAACCAAAAAGCCAAACAUACACCUCAGGACAGUUUAUUACACUGGUAUGUUCUGCCCCAUCUGUUAAUCUUUUUAAAAGCUACUCCUUCUUUGAAAAUGGAAAUGAGAUCUGCAAGGAAGUAUCAUCACAGAACCAGUGCAAACAUAACCUCCCAGGAAGUGAUACUUCUACUGCCACACUAACAUUCACCUGCAUCUAUAAAAUGGAAAUACUGGAGCGGCUUAUUCCUUCGCAAAACAGUGAACCUUUGCAGCUGCUAGUGAAUCCUACACAAACAACACCAACAACUACAACAAUGAGUACAGCAACAACAGCAGUGAUAUCAACAACAGCAACAACAACAACAACAACUUCAACAGCAGUGAUAUCAACAACAGCAACAACAACAACAACUUCAAGCGCUACACCCACUCCAACACGGACAACACAGACAACAUUGAGGGAAACCAGUGCUUCAAACACGUACAGGAUAUCAUUGACUAUAGAAACUGCAACAUCGGCUCCAACAGGGCAAAUCAGUUCAUUACAAUGGAUUAUAACAAUUGGAGCUGCCACUGGUUCUAUAACUCUGCUUGCUGUUAUCAUAGUGAUAAUUGUUUUGAGUUGUAAAAAAGGUGAAAUGAAAACUCAACAGCAAACAAGGUCCAUACCCAUGGAUAUAAAUAUGAGACCUACAUAUUUCCUUGCAAACGGUGCUCCUACUACAGCAGAAAACACGGGUUUUAUCAGAAAUGUGAUGUAUGACUCAAGUGAACAAAGUAACCAGGGUUCUGUCAGGAAUGUGAUGCAUGAAUCAAGUGAACAAGGUAACCAGACUGUGGUAUACAGCAUGCAUGAAUAUGCAACAAUAGCAGAUUAGAACACCAAAAUGGAUUUGUAAUUGAUGGCACACAGCUUACUGAUGACAGAAAGACAUUUUUGUAUGAAACCAGAGAAACUGGUUUUGAGAGAGAUUAUUGAAAACUUGAAUGUUUCAAAAAGUACCAAAUGCUGGUCAAACUUGCAUAACUAAAGCUUAAUCAAAAUAGAGAUCUGUGUUAAAACUCAGCAGUUCAGAAGGGAACAGUGCAGACUGCUUUAAUGUUUUAUAGAAGAUGGUUAGCAGUUUUCUAAUUCCUAACUGACUCAAACAGUCUUGAAGUGGACAUCAUAUAGGAGAUAACUGUCACAUUAGCUGGUGAUUGCCUGUAUAGCUCUCCUGCAUUCUCACCACAUCCUACCUGCUACAGCUCUCAAUGAGGACUGACACCAAGUAACUUGAGAAGCUGAGACUGUUUGCAAAUAUUGAAUUUACGAUAAAAGCAUAGAAGGGUAUAUAUGGAACUUACCAGUCCUAAUGGGAUGAGCAUGAUUUCCUGGAGUAAUUGUUCUCCUUUUCUGGUAAUGCUAACCUAAUACUUCCCCAAAUUAAGCAGGGAAAUCAGUGUGUCAUCUUCAGACAGUAAAGGUCAGGUGAGCAACUCCAUUAUGGGUAGGACUAUGCAUUUCUUUUCUUUUUUGCUCCCAUGGGUCAUGAGUCUUCACUGAUGCUACCAUCUUGCUACAGUUUUUUGCGUCUAUGUGUCUCAUACUGAUAUUUGAGAAUCAUUGCAGUCUUCAUCAAUGAACAAACACCAUAUCAUGAUGCCUUUUAUCAUUCCUUCAUUACCUUUCGGCCACUUAUAUUCUUCUUCCAUCCAAAGACUCAUUGAAACCGAUGUCACUUGUGCAACCCAGGAUUCAAGCAGCAAAGGGGAGCAAUGUACCUCUUUGCCAGUGGAGUGGCAGAAUGCCUGAAAUAUGGUGAUAACCUCUUGUGAAGGCUAAAGUGUACAGAAGAAAAAUGUUAAAAGAAUGGUAUUUCAUUUUUAUAUGCUUUCAUUUCAAGAUGGAUUCCUGAGUGCUUUUCAGUAUGUAUCUGAUGAAUUACUUCCUGCCAGAUAUGAGAAAUGUCAAAAAUGUCAUGACAAAAGUGUAGAAAGUUCUGUUCUUUGAAGAAUGUUCUUUCAUGGAAUACAGAACUCCUGCCCGAUAUGGAAAGCCAUAAACAAAGAGUCCGGAGGUCUUAGUAGAAUUCAUGUUGUAGUGUUCAUUUCUAAUUGGUCAGUGGUUGUUUUGAGAUUGUUACAAAAAUGCUGCUUUUAAUGAUAAAGGUAUAAAGAAUGUCUGAUUCUGCUUUUCGAGUAGGCAGGACCUUGAUUUCCAAGUUUCCCAUGUACAUGCCUUUCUUUGCAAUAAAGGACAUUAUUAUUCUCUGCUGUA